UGUCAUAUCAGGCGGGGCCUUUCUUUUUUCUUUUUCAGUUUGAUUUGCUUGGGAACCAUUCUAGACCGCCUGUCUGACUGCCUGCCUGACUGGCCUGCCUGCCUGCCUAUAUUCAAAUUGCUACACUUCUACAGAGCGAGUAACUUAGGUACUUUCUUGUCAACUUUAUGAUCCGCUGGUCGCCGAGAUAUCUCCGCUUCACCACAUCGGGCGGAUACAAGUACAUGUACAUGUACAUAUAUUGCAGGGAGCUCAUAAAGAGAAGAAAAAAAUUAUUUUGGAAGUUGCUGCCAGCAUUAUUUACUACAUGUAGGCAACACAGGUGCGGCUCAUGUCUGCAUUCUUCUUCUCAUAACCACGUCCCGCUUAUUCUCUCAUUUUUACUCGCGGGUUGGUUCUGAGAGGCGGUGUGUGUCUGUGUGUGUCUGUGUGUGUCUGUGUGAUUGUGUCAGGGUGUCUUAAGGGUGUUCAGGAGUGGUCUUUCGGGCAGGGGAUCCCUUUAUUAAUGUUGUUCUGGCAUCUGCAGGGUUGGCGGCUGACUAAAGACGGGUAAAGGUACGGAGUAGACACACGUAGCUUGGCAUCUUGGCAAACCUAGGCCCUGUCCUGGGGGGGAAGAAAACCCCAGGUCUUGGCAGGUGUGGCUGGCCGUUUGUUUGUCUCCCCCCCCCGGCUACGCUACUUGUUGCUGCAGGCUUUGGGGGUUGGUUCAGCCUCAACAUUCAACUUCCAUCCAUCUUCUAUCGUCUAUCGUCUAUCGUCUAUCUUCGCUUGUUUUUUUUUUAUCUUGCCCUCCCCUUCCACCUUCACCUCCAUCAAACCCAUCCAUUUUGCACUAGUGCCAGUUGGACAGCUCACGAUGCUUUCGUGUUGAUCCCCUCCUCCAACCUCCCUGAAGAGAGCUGAUACGUCUCGGUUUCUGCUUCGCUCUCUAUUAUUCAUUCUUCCUCCUCCUCGCCCUUGCCUAUCAGCUUUUUAUUUUUUUAUGUUUUAUUUGUUUUUAAGUUGUCCCUUUAGUACAAUCUGCCUGCCACACAGUACAUUAAAUAUAUAUCCCCACCGGUCAUCACUCUGAACAAUGACAGCCUGUGCCUCAAUCAUCCUGCUCCAAGUCUUAAAGGAGCUUCAUGGUGCCUGACACACCCAAACUGUCUUGUGCGCCCUAAUCUUGAUUUUCCCACCCUCUGACCUUUUGUCCAAAUCCGAGGUUUGCCGCCAAUCCUGUAGUCAUACCAUACCUGCAAGACUCAGACGCUCAGACGCGGAAACUAUUAUCCUGAGCGACUUUUAUAUCCAUACUCGUCUUAACCCCCCAAUCAAGUAUUGGCCACCGGAAUUAUUUCUGCGCGAAAGAUAAAAAAAAAAUCCCCAUCUCUUCUGAUGGUGGAUAUCUCUUAUCGGAGAAGAAACCAAAAGAAGCAUUUCGACUGGGUUAGGCUGUAGGAUUUGGGAUUUCUUUUGUUCACCCGUUUUCCCGUUUCUAUCCAUAUAUAUAUAUAUCAUUACUAAACGCCCCGAUUUACACCUUUCUGUGGCUAUAUCUAUCCCAUUGACAGGGCAUUGAAAAACCGUUUCUCAGGAGUUUGGUACCUAUAUUCAAAUGUCCGAGUCGACGCCUACAAAAAACAUUUGGCCUGACACUAGUUCGUCCGCUUUGGGAUCAGAUGGUACCGCACCAUCCCACAUAGAUGAUGCGAGUGUCUCUACUUUAGGUGGCUCAACUGCCAUGCCGACCGACGUUUCACCACGGCGGCCAUCGGUCCAGUUCAAUGUCGAGACCUCUGCGGCUCAAAUAUCGAAAAAACGGACCGAUGGCACAAGGGGAACUUUGAACAGCCGCAGCAUCGGCAGAUUUCCAUCUCCUCCCCCACCAAGGUUAGUUUUCGUCCAUUCGUCACUUCAGCGUCUGUUCGUAGUUCGUCACAAAGGAAUCGUUCCAUUUUCCCCGCGUAAAUGACGUUUUGAUUUCUCCUCGUGGCUUGGCGGUGUGGCUGGAAGAGAGUUUUUGUGAUUAUUCAUCCCACCAAUUCGCAUACUUUGCACCUUGCCCCUGCGCACUGCGCCUCGGCGUCUGUGGUUUGCCUCCAAGGAGUCCAGGGUCAUCCAGUCAUAAACCCCAGAAGCAGCUGCAGAGUACAACCAGUGCGACGGUCCAUUCACCAUUUACAAGCACCAAAUAAUAUUUGCAAUAUGAAUGCAUCCCACUCUGACAGCCAUGAUGAAUAUCAUCCUGAUACUACGCUAACACCUUCUCACGAUGCCAGUGCUUAUAAUCGCGGGGUUUCGUUCGACACAUUUGACAACCGUGACGCCACCGAUUUCUCAUUAACGCUCAACUACAAACACAGAGACUACCACCCCACGCGGCGCAGUCGGACAUUCCUCUGUGGCACUGAUCAGAAUGAUUAUUCCGAUUUCGCACUUGAAUGGUUAAUUGACGAACUCGUUGACGAUGGCGAUGAAAUCGUCUGUUUAAGAGUUGUUGAGAAAGAUUCGAAGGUCGCCAGUGACGCAAGCGUGGAAGAAAGAAGAUACAGGCAAGAGGCCCAAAAACUGCUUGAUCAAGUCAUUGCGAAAAAUUCGGAUGAGAAAGCGAUCAGUUUGGUACUGGAAUAUGCUGCGGGAAAAGUGCAGGAGAUUAUACAACGAAUGAUCCAAAUCUACGAACCUGCGGUGCUCAUUGUCGGAACUCGCGGACGCAGCCUGGGUGGAAUGCAAGGCCUUCUUCCGGGCUCAGUGUCUAAAUAUUGUCUCCAACAAUCGCCCAUCCCCGUUAUUGUCGUCCGCCCCUCAACAAAGCGCGAGAAAAAGAAACAGAAACGUCUUGCAAAUCCGACGCGGCAAAGGUACAACCAUGUCCUUCGAUUGAAUGAUAUGAAGAGCGGCCGAUUAUUUGACAAGUCACGAAGCACUGAUAGCAUUGUCACAAAGUUACCAGAAGAGGAAGCCGCGGUUGCUCACGCUAUAGGGGUGCAGGAUAUAGGAGGAGGUCCCGCGGGCGCUCAUACAGGCCGCGGCCCACGGCUAUCCUUUUCCAGAGACACCGCAUUUAGGACAAUUACAGACGACAAUGAUUAUGACAUGGACGGGGAUAGACGCAGCUCGAGCAUUCCUAACUCAGAGUCAACUGCAUCCGGCUUGUCGUCCGCCUUGAGGAAUCAACGUAUCGAAAGCCCGGCUAUGACGGACGACGAAGGUGACGAAGACGAGAGAGAUACUGGUGGUGAUGAUAAUGAUGACAACGAACCUCGCGAACGGGCACAUGUCUCGAGCGCUCCUAAUGGUAGGCGCCAGCGCAGUUCAGAGGAUGCGACAACGACCUCAACACCUCCCAAAAAACCCCCCCUCGUACCCAUUACCAAUGUAACAGUUACAGAAUAUACGCCCAAUGUUGAUGAGCCUCACUGAUGGGAACUAAUAAACAUGUCUGCGGCCACCACGGAUGCACGGGAGUGGCAGAUAUUUUGCUUCGUUCUUAACCUUUAGUUUCGGUUUUUUAUUUUUUGCCUACGUUGUCGUAACCAACGUCUUAUAUAGGUAUUUUUCUGGCGUAUCUAAUCUUUUAAAUAAUGAUCCCUGCUCAACAGCCAGGUUUCAACCUACGUGACGCGCAGGGGAUGUAUACAUGUGUGCUUGUUUUGCAGUCUUGAUAUGAUACCUCGAUGAUAAAAACUCCACGCUUGUGUAGUCUAUUUCUCCCACAUACCUAUCUAGGGGAUCGCGAUGUUUCGCUAGGUUCUCCAAGUAUAUGGAC